AUGCGGUCCGCUGCGUGUACCCUCCUGGCCCUCCUCUCCGCCGCGUCCCCGGCCCUCGCGGGUGUCAAGGAAGUUUGGUGGAACGUCACCUACGUCGAGAACGCCAACCCCGACGGUCUCUUCCCUAGGAGCGCCGUCGGCGUCAACGGGACAUGGCCGCCCCCGCCGAUCGUGAUCAAUACGACCGAUUCGCUUGUCCUGCACACGACCAAUUCCCUGUCUGACCCCCUGACCGUCCACCACCAUGGUAUGUUCUUCAACUCGACGUCCUGGAUGGAUGGUGCCAUGGGCGUCUCUUCAUGUGGUAUUCCACCCGGCGAGAGCUUCACAUAUGUUGUGCCGAUCAACUCCUCCAACCAGCACGGCACAUACUGGGCACAUGCACACUCCAAUGGUCAAUAUGUCGAUGGUCUACGCACCGUACUCAUCAUCCAACCCGAGAACGAGACAUACGCCUACGACGAAGAGUAUACGAUCACUAUCGGUGAUUGGUACCACGACCAGCACUCGGUGCUAAUCAACCAGUUCAUCAACAUCGCUAACCCAGGUGGUGCAGAGCCCGUCCCGAGUGUGUCUCAGUGUCUCUCCCACGUUCGAUCGGCGAAGCUCAUGCAUGUCACACGCGCAGAGGCUCCGCUGAUGUACUUCUCGCAAGGCGAGUCGUACCUCCCGCCAAAGGAGGGUUCCAGCCCCAGCGGCUCGACUGCGGGCACGGGCUUCAACGAGAACGCAACGAUGUCGUUCGAGCCCGGGAAGACCUACCGCCUUCGGAUAGCCAACACCGGCGCGUUCGGGGGCUUCUACUUCUGGAUCGAUGGCCACGACAUGCAAAUCAUUGAGGCGGACGGUAUCGAGACAAAGCCGUACACUAUCUCCCAGCUCAACAUCGGUGUCGCGCAGCGCUAUUCGGUACUAGUUACCGCGAAGAACGACACGUCCUCGAACUACGCGAUUCAUGCGGCCUUCGACACGACCAUGUUUGACACUGUUCCGGACGAUCUCAACCCCAACGCAACCUCCUACAUCAUCUACGACUCCUCUUCCCCGACAGUGGAGGGCACAGUCGAUGAGUUCCUCUCGACCCCCGACAUUGACCUUGUCCCGAUCAACCCCGUGCCCAUGCAACCCUCGAACGCGAACCUCACGGUGACCUUCGAGUUCGACACGAUGAACGACGGCACGAACCACGCCGUGUUCUACGGCGCGUACAACGACGACUCGUUCGACAGUGUCACGUACAACUCGCCGCUGACGCCGGCUGUCAUGUCCGCGCUCACCCUCGGCGACAACGCGACGACCAGCGCCGCGUACGGCCCGCUCAGCUUUGUCGUCGACCAUCUGCAAGUCCUCGAUAUCACGCUUCGGAACGCAGACACGGGCAAGCACCCCUUCCACUUGCACGGCCACGUGAUGCAGAUUGUCAACUUCGCGGAGGACUACACGAGCGACGACCCGGCGCUGAACCCGCCGAUCAACGAGAGCCAGACGAACCCGAUGCGCCGCGACACCGUGCUCGCUCCCCCGGGCGGCGCGUACACCUUCCGCAUCAUCAUGGAUAACCCAGGCGUGUGGUUCUUCCACUGCCACAUCGAGUGGCACUUGGAGAGUGGUCUCGCGAUCCAGAUCAUCGAGGCGCCCCUGCAGAUGCAGGAGCGCAACUCGCUGCCGUCCGUGCUGAACGACCAGUGCGCGACGCUCGGGCUGCCCUACUCCGGGAACGCUGCGGGCUACGCGUCGGUGACGGACCUCAACGGCCUGCCCGCUGGGCCGUGGGUGCAGAACAACGGCUGGCACUCCAAGGCUAUCGGCGCGAUGGCCGGCUGCGUGCUCACCGCGGUGCUCGGCAUGGCGACCGUCGUGUGGUACGCGCUCGGCGGACACAUCUCGGAGGCGGAGAUCGAGUAUGAGGAGAGACUGCGGAUCGAGGCGAAGGCGGAGCGUGGACGGUUCUUUGGCCUUGCGAAGAAGGUCAAGGGUCUCCGUGUGCGGCCCCGCACGGAUUGA